CAAUAAAAAAUGACGCCAUCUUUGUUGUCAAGUACAAGAUGUGUUUAUGUGUUUGCUAUAGUUAUGAGUGAAUUAUUAUUUAUCCGGGGUAAAUACAUUUUUAUCAUGGGUUUUUAAUCACAUUAUGAAUUAAUUAGUUUAUUAUUAUUUAAUCCAAUUUAGGGAAGAAAAAUGAUCAAAGCUAUUUUGGUAUUUAACAACCAUGGAAAACCAAGAUUGUCGAAAUUUUAUCAUUAUUUUAAUGAAGAUAUGCAGCAACAAAUAAUAAAAGAAACAUUUCAACUAGUAUCAAAAAGAGACGACAACGUAUGUAAUUUUUUAGAAGGAGGAAGUUUAAUCGGUGGGUCGGAUUACAAAUUAAUCUACAGGCAUUAUGCAACGCUCUACUUUGUGUUCUGCGUCGACAGCUCGGAGUCUGAGUUAGGGAUACUUGACCUAAUUCAGGUGUUUGUCGAAACACUGGACAAGUGUUUUGAGAAUGUCUGCGAGCUGGACUUGAUAUUCCACGUAGAUAAAGUUCACUAUAUCCUCAACGAACUGGUGAUGGGAGGUAUGGUCCUGGAGACUAAUAUGACGGAGAUUCUCACGCGAAUAGAGGACCAGAAUAAAUUGGAGAAGCAAGAGGCGGGAAUAACUGCAGCUCCAGCAAGAGCAGUCUCAGCGGUUAAAAAUAUGAACAUCCCUCAGCAAAUAAAAGAUAUGAAGCUUCCCGACCUACCACAAGCUAUUAAAGACCUUAAAUUCUGACAGGUUCUGAUAAAAAUAUAAAUAUUGUACGCAUUUAUUUUUAGAUAAAUAAAAAUUCUAAGAAUGUUUUAUAA